AUGGGGAAUUGGCUCUUUGAGUCUUUAUUCUCCGAAUCUUUGGAAUGGUUGCUCCAAUCUAAGCAGAAGCCCGAUCCAGAGCUUUACCGAGAGAGGAGCUCAAGUGUAGGCUCCGCGUCGGGCUCCGCGUCGUUGGUGCGCGAACGCGAGGAAUACGGAGAAGGGCAACGGAAUGCGUUGGUCUUCUGCACCGACGGCAUUUCGCUCUCGGAGGGACUCGCCGCAACGAACACCGCAGCAGCAGCAGCACAGCAGCAGCGGCCGCCGCCUCGGGAGAACUUCCCGACGCCGCACGCCAGCAGCACUUCCCUGCCAUCCAACAUUGGCAUUGCGAACGCCCUGGAGGCCUUGAUGCAGGCCGACGAGGACGGAUGCCUCGCGUGGGCGUCGACGGACGUCGUCGCCCGUUUUGGCGCCUCGCCGACGCCUGCGGAACAGGUUUCGUUCAGCCAAGCCGCGGCGAAGGACGGGCUCUCUGAGUUCUACUCCCGCCGUCCUCCGCCCAGCCCCCGCACACAGACGCAUCGCCAAAGGCAACAAGCGCCCUCUUUCCAGCGGUGGCCUGGACCCUCAACACGUGAAGAAUCAAUGGAAGAAGCAGAUACUUUUGACCAAAAUAUUGUUGAUGAGGACUUUGUUAUAGUGCGGUUUUCAAAUAAGAUAUCGGUUUUUCAUUUUAUAGGACAAGUGAAAAGAAAAAUUGAUGAUAAACUGAAAAACUGUUGCAGUUGCCUGCCCAUUGUUGUGACGUCUGAUGAGAAUGGUGUUGGGGGCCCAACUAAACGAUAUCGUGGAUGUAUUCGAAAAUGAUGAAUUAGAAGACUAAUGGGAUAUUACCGUUGUAAUGUUUGCACCCAUGAAGUAUGUUCAAGCAGACACUAAUAUAGAUUCUGAUAAAUCAGAUUAGGACACAACACAAGGAGACUGGGUGCAUUUACCAAGAAGAUUGGUGUAUUCUGAG